AUGGCAACUACAUCAGCUCAGUAUAAUCAACCAGAUAACUCAUUUAUUAAUCGAACUUCAAAUGGACAUUCACAACAUUCACCUAUUAUAAAUUAUAGAAAAGAUGCUAAAAAAGCAGUAAAGUUUACAUUUAUGGUUGUUGGAGAACUGGGAACUGGUAAAACAACAUUUAUAAAUAGUUUAUUAAAUAAGAAAGUUAUGAAUCAUCGUUAUGAAAAUGACAACCAUAAGAUCUCAUUAAAUGGUGGAGAGACUAGAACUUUAACAUUUACAUCUGCAAAAUCUGUUGCUUUACCGAAUACUUCAAUGUUGACAAGAAAUUCAUUUAAUGCAAAUACAAUACAUGAAGAACCAGGUAUUGCUUUGACUGAAACAAAAGUUGAAAUUGUAGAUGAUGAUAAUUUAAAAUUAAUUUUGAAUAUUAUAGAUACACCAGGAUUUGGAGAAAAUUUAAAUAAUGAAUUAUGUUUUGUUGAAAUUGAAAAUUAUUUAAAACAACAAUUUGAUUUAGUAUUAGCUGAAGAAACUAGAAUUAAAAGAAAUCCAAGAUUUACUGAUACAAGAGUUCAUGUAAUGCUAUAUUUUAUAACUCCUACAGGUCAUGGAUUAAGAGAAAUUGAUAUACAAUGUAUGAAACGAUUAUCUAAAUAUGUAAAUAUAAUUCCAAUUAUUGGGAAAGCUGAUUCUUUUACUCCUAAAGAAUUACAAUCUUUUAAACAACAAGUUAAAAUGGAUAUUGAAAAAUUUAAUGUACCAGUUUUCCAAUUUGAUAAUUUUUUGGAUGAAUAUGAUGAAGAUGAAGAUUAUGAUUUAAUUCAAGAAUGUAAAUUUUAUGCAAAUUUACAACCAUUUGCUAUUAUUACAUCAGAAGAUACUUUUGAAAUUAAAGAUAAAAAAUCUGGUAAUUCAAAAAUUAUAAGGGCAAGAAAUUAUCCUUGGGGAUUGGUUGAUAUUGAAGAUACAAGUAUAAGUGAUUUUCCAUAUUUGAAAUCGGUUUUGUUGGGAUCACAUUUACAAGAUUUGAAAGAUUUAACUCAUGAUUUCUUGUAUGAAACUUAUAGAACUGAAAGGUUGACUAAAGUUACUGGUGGUGGAGGAUUGGAGGAUGAAGAAUAUGAUGAAGAUAGUGAAUUUCAUGAUACUGUUGAACAUCAUCAAAAUGAAGACAAAGGUGCUACUUUGGCUAAUACAAAUAUACCUUCUUUAUCAAAUUUAGCACAAUUAACUAAUACACCAAUAGAUUCUCAAUAUAAAUUAAAUGCUAGUAGUAGUGGUGCAAAUUUUUAUGAUGAUAAUUCAAGACGCUCAUCAAGUUCAUCAGUUAAAAAAUCAGCAUCUAUGUUAUUAGAUGAUAACCAUUCUCAAACAUCAUUAUCAAAAAACACCACCACAAAAGGCACUUUUGAUUUUACACCAAAUACAUCACAAGUAUCAAUAAAUGAACGAGCUCCAAAUAAUGAUGCUUUCAAGAGAUUAUCAAUAGGACCACAAAGAAAUCAAUUGCGUCAAAUUUCCGAAACUGUACCUUAUGUAAUUCGACAUGAAAGAAAUAUAGAAAGACAAAAUAAAUUGGAAGAAAUGGAGAAAGCAAGUGCAAAAGAAUUGGCUGCUCGUGCUGCAUUAUUGGAAAAAAAGGCACAAGAAUUAAAAUUAAAAGAACGAGCAUUGAUGAAACAAUUGGAAUUGGCAAAACAACAAAGAGAAUUAAAUUCAGCUACUUCAUCACCUAUAAAAAGAAGUUCAAAUGUUGAAAUUAUAGAUGAUGAAGAAGAAAAUGUAAAUCAAGACUCAGCUAAACAACAACAACAACAACAACCACAUAUUGAAAAUGGUCAUAGUGGUGGACUACAAAAAGAUGAAACAUUGACUGAUUUACAUUCUAUAGUAAGUGAUCAACAACCACAUCAACAACAACAAUACAACCAAAAUGAAUAUUAUCAUCCUCGUUAA